UGAAACCACAUCGACUGCGCGUUGCCUGUGUCGCCAUGUCAGUCCCCAGGAAACGCAGCUCCUCGCCCCAGCCCGAGCUAACACGUAGAACGAGUACUUACCACCCAGCGGUUACUCUGUUCGAGUUCUCUACCCCUCAGGACCUAUUGGAAGAUGCAGAGACCGAGUGCUCUCCGAGACGUUCAAAACGCCUCAGGACUGGGGCUGAUGCAGUGGCUAAAGUGGAAGAGACCAUUGAGGGCGAGGCUCUCGAAAGAAACGAAAAGAUUGGCGGAUUCGAUGGAGCAACGGUGAUUCAUGACAUGGCAUUGCCCUCAUUACAGUCCACCAGUCCGGGGCCCAGCAAAGGUCGCAAGCCUCUCACAGACGCGUCCUCACCGCGCAAGAGAUCAAAAGCCAACCUUUACGGACAAGUAUCUACUCUGUCUGUCCCACCUAUGUGGCGUGAAGCAUACGACAGGAUCAAAGCGAUGCGCUCACGCAUCGUCGCACCGGUUGAUACCAUGGGGGCCGGUGCCGCGAAACUAGGGGAGACGAUACCAAAGAACCAACGCUUCGCAACGUUGGUGUCAUUGAUGCUCUCAUCCCAAACGAAAGAUGAGGUCACAUCUGCCGCCGUUCGCAAGCUGCGCGAAGCAGUCGGUGGAAGCUUGAGCGCCAAUGCCGUAGUCGCAACUGACGCCGACGUCAUCUCAGAGGCAAUAUGCAAAGUCGGGUUCUGGCGUCGCAAAACGGAUUAUAUCAAACGCACUGCACGGCGGUUGAGCGACGAGUUCGGCGGCGACAUACCCAAAACUGUCGACGAACUCUGCUCGCUCCCUGGUGUUGGUCCCAAGAUGGCGAUUCUGGCGCUUCACGUUGGGUGGAAGAUAAACGCCGGAGUCGGUGUAGAUGUACAUGUUCAUCGUGUCACAAACAGGCUAGGAUGGCAUACCCCACCUACCAAGACGCCGGAGGAGACUCGGCUGAACCUCGAAUGCUGGCUUCCAGAAGAUUUGCGUCCAACAUUCACUGGAUUACUUGUCGGUUUUGGGCAGACCACAUGCCUCCCGGUUAGUCCGCGAUGCGAUUGUUGCGAGCUCAAUGAUGGUCUCUGCCCCAGCGGCUCGAGUGCAACGCUCCGACGCAAAGAGGGUCCGAGGAUGGCAGCGUCUAAGAGAGUGCACGCCUCUUCCCGGCCAAUGCUCGAGGUAGAACUGCAGGGAGAAGUGAAGGUGAGACGUGAUACGACACGGAGUCGCAAUAGUACAGGCGAGGGUGAGGGGUGUAGUUCUGUCGACAGGGCCAGUUGACCGCGACUCAGACGUUGGCUUGUGUACGCAUCGGGUCAACUUCUGCGAUGCCAUACAGGGGGCGAGUGAACAUCCGAUCACUACGUCGUUGCGACCUUAUUCUCUUUUGUUAUCUGCCGUUGUCACGGUUUGUGGGUAAACAGUCACAUGCGGU